AUGGGUAAAUUUAAGGUUGUGUUCUACACAAAGGGCUCUGUUGUAAAAGAUCCUAACUUAAGAUAUAAGGGUGGGGAUGUUUAUGCAUAUAGAGGUAAAGAUUCAGAUUAUUGGUCUUAUUUUAAAACAUGUGAUUUAGUUAUAGGGGUUGAUCCCAAGUUUGAUUUAAGAGGUGUUAAAAUGUGGUGGAAGCAUGAUGGUGGUUCUUUUGAAAAAGAUUUAAAACCAUUUAGGGAUGACAGAGAUGCUUCUGAGUUAGCUAUUUAUUCUUUUGGAAAUGAUUGUGAAGUUUACAUUUAUACUAAGCUAAAACCAAUUACAAGAGAGAUCACUUUUAUGGAUAGGGUUAGAGUGAAAGGAAAUGGGAAGACAUGUGAUGAAGAGUUUGACAAUUUAAGUGAAUCUAGUGAUGAAUAA